AUGGCUAGCAAACACUCAGGAAAUUCUGACGGUGCGCCUGCAAAGCGACAGAAGACCUCAGGCGAUAUGAAUCCAGAAAACAAUCCCUAUCUCGCGCAUUGGCGCGAGAACGAGUCGAAUGGCUACAGUAAUGGCUACUCGACCCCGCCGAAUGACGGUCCUCUAGCGAAACUGCAAAGACACAAAACUACCGCUGCGCUUGCUCGGGAGGCCGAAGAUAGCAAGACGAAUCCUUUCACUGGCAAGCCAUUCUCUGAGAGAUACUUCUCCAUCCUACGAACCAGACGCGACCUUCCUGUGCAUGCGCAGCGAGAUGAAUUCCUCCAACUCUAUCAGAAGUCUCAAAUCCUUGUCUUCGUGGGUGAGACUGGUUCCGGAAAGACGACACAAAUACCACAAUUCGUCAUCUACGACGACCUUCCUCAGCAACAACGCAAGCUCGUCGCAUGCACGCAGCCAAGACGAGUCGCUGCCAUGUCUGUGGCCGAACGCGUUGCGAACGAAAUGGACGUCAAACUUGGUGAAGAAGUCGGUUACAGCAUAAGAUUCGAAGACAUGACCAGUCAAAAGACGAUGCUCAAGUAUAUGACCGAUGGUAUGCUCUUGAGAGAGGCCAUGAACGACCACGACUUGCAGAGAUACAGUACCAUCAUUCUCGAUGAAGCCCACGAGCGGACUUUGGCCACUGACGUUCUAAUGGGUCUGUUGAAAGAGGUCGUUCUGCGCAGACCAGAUCUCAAACUGAUCAUCAUGUCUGCAACCCUCGACGCACAAAAGUUUCAGCGCUACUUCAACGAUGCGCCAUUGCUCGCUGUUCCCGGCCGAACACACCCCGUCGAAAUCUUCUACACCCCAGAGCCCGAAAGAGAUUAUGUGGAAGCGGCUAUUAGAACUGUCCUGCAAAUACACGCAACGGAGCCUGAGGGAGAUAUCUUGCUGUUUUUGACUGGUGAGGAAGAAAUUGAAGAUGCCUGUCGCAAAAUAUCUCUCGAGGCAGACGAGAUGAUCCGUGAGGCCGACGCCGGCCCAAUGAAAGUGUAUCCACUGUACGGCACCCUACCCCCUGCUCAACAACAGAGAAUUUUCGAGCCAGCGCCACCUCCUCGCAAGCCGGGCGGAAGGGCAGGUCGCAAGUGCAUUGUUGCUACCAACAUUGCAGAGACAUCUCUCACCAUUGACGGUAUCGUGUACGUGGUCGACCCCGGUUUCUCGAAGCAGAAGGUCUAUAAUCCACGUAUCCGUGUCGAGUCACUCUUGGUUUCUCCCAUCUCGAAAGCAUCGGCACAACAGAGAGCCGGUCGUGCGGGUCGUACCCGGCCUGGGAAAUGCUUCAGGCUUUACACUGAAGGAGCGUUCAAGAAGGAGCUCAUCGAGCAGACGUACCCAGAAGUUCUAAGAUCGAACUUGUCAUCAACAGUUCUGGAAUUGAAGAAGCUCGGCAUCGAUGAUCUUGUUCAUUUCGAUCUUAUGGACCCUCCCGCUCCAGAAACUCUCAUGCGGGCUUUAGAAGAAUUGAACUAUCUUGCCUGUUUGGAUGACGAUGGCAAUCUGACAACAAUGGGCAAGUUGGCCUCUGAGUUUCCUCUGGACCCGGCUUUGGCGGUGAUGCUGAUCUCCUCACCCGAGUUCUAUUGCUCGAACGAGAUUUUGAGCCUGGUGGCUUUGCUUUCCGUGCCUCAAAUCUUCGUGAGACCAGCUUCUGCACGCAAACGCGCAGACGAAAUGAAGAACUUAUUUGCUCACCCGGAUGGCGACCAUUUGACACUGUUGAAUGUGUACCAUGCCUUUAAGGGUCCCGAAGCACAGGCUAACACGCGACAAUGGUGCCACGACCAUUUCCUCAGCCUUCGAGCUCUUCAAUCCGCAGACAAUGUGCGCAUGCAACUCAAGCGUAUCAUGGAACGGGAGGAGCUGGAACUCGUGUCUACCCCAUUUGAAGACAAGAAAUACUACGAAAACAUCCGAAAGGCACUUGUAUCUGGGUUCUUCAUGCAAGUUGCCAAGAAGGAGGCCAAUGGCAAAACAUAUACCACAGUGAAGGAUAACCAGACUGUUUUGCUUCACCCCAGCACUGUCCUCGGCCAGGAGAGUGAGUGGGUCGUGUACAAUGAGUUUGUGCUUACGAGCAAGAACUAUAUUCGGACUGUCACCAGCGUCCGGGGCGAGUGGUUGCUCGACAUUGCGCCUGGAUAUUAUGAUGUGGACAGUUUCCCUAAAGGUGAAGUUAGGACGGCAUUACAGCGACUUGCAGAGCGGGUUGCGCGGAGGCAGAAGAUGAAGGGUGGCAGAUAA